GUAUCUACCGAGUCUGUCGAGAGCGCAACUGGAGCAGCAACUGGACUGAGCGUGGAGCAACCAACAUCACUGUCCACUCCGAACACACCAUGGACUGCAGACGGAUUAAGCGUAUUUUGUUUGUCAAUGUAUUUAUGAAAUUUGUAUUUAUUUCUCUUCAGAAAAAGGAAGAGGUGCUGCUGGAUAUGGUGGCUUCGGGAGCAGAGUUGGGUUGGUUGACAUCGCCUGUUGAGCACGGGUGGGAGAUAGGCCAGCGGGCUGUGAACGGCUCUCUGUUGUAUAACUAUUAUAUAUGUAACGUGGAGGAACGAGAACAAGACAACUGGCUUCGUACUACAUUCAUCCAGCGCCACCCCACCGCCUCUCGGGUCUUCGUGGAUCUGCGAUUUGUAGUCCGUGAUUGCAACUCUUUCAAUGCAGACUCACUUACCUGCAAGGAGACCUUUAACUUGUACGCCUAUGAGGCAGACGCGGACAUUGGCACUUCUUUCCGCAAAGGCCUGUUCCGCAAAGUUGCCACCAUUGCUCCAGAUGAAAUAUCCAGCCUUGGGGAGAUGAAGAUGAACACUGAGACAAAAGUAGUGGAUAAUCUUUCUCACAAGGGCUUCUACUUGGCCUUCCAGGACAUUGGCGCCUGCAUCGCCAUCUACUCUGUCAGGGUUUACUAUAAAACAUGUCCAGCAACAGUGAAGAGCUUGGCAAUGUUCCCUGAGACUGUGGCAGGGGGAGAGAAUCAAGCCCUACGGGAGGUGGCUGGAAGUUGCGUCUCAAACGCUGUAAGCGAGGAUCAACCUCGCAUUUAUUGCACAACUGAUGGGGAAUGGGUGGUACCUGUGAGCCAGUGCCAGUGCAGACCCGGGUUCGAAGCCAUGAACGAUGCAUGCCAAGAAUGUCAGUCUGGCUUCUUCAAAUCUGCAGUGUCCAGUGAGGCCUGCAAACCCUGUCCAAAAAACACCCAGGCCUCAGGUCCGGGCGCCACCAGCUGCACCUGCAAGGAUGGCUUUUAUCGAGCACCUGAGGACCCUAAAACAGUUGCUUGCUCUGGUUUACCCUCCGCUCCUCAGAAUCUGGUGGCUAGUCCAGCUCAGAUGUCAAUAGGCAGGCUUCAGUUGUCAUGGAGGCCCCCUGCAGACACCGGCGGGCGCAGUGAUAUCACAUACAUUGUGGUUUGCGAGCGGUGUGAGGGGAGGGCAUGUCAGCCUUGUGGUGAGAAAGUGCGUUUAGAUCCAAGCAACAAUGACCUGAAGGAGACCAGAGUCACUGUGAGUGAACUGGAGCCCCAUUUGAACUACACCUUCACCGUGGAGGCACGGAGUGGAGUGUCCCAGUUCAGCAAUAAGAGAGCCACCAUCAGCAUCAACACUACUUUAGAUAAUCCAGAUCCCCUAAAAGUGACUGCGAUGUAUCUUGUGGACAGGAGCUCCACCAGCCUGUCGCUUCAGUGGUCUGUUUCUCACCGUUCCAAGCCAGUUGGCACACGUUAUGAACUGAUGUAUCGCAAAAAGGAAAAUGAUGAGGAGAUAGCCAAUGGAAAGGUCACUACCUACACUGUGCUGGUGCUGGAAAAGAACUCGGUUCAGAUCAGUGAUCUGUCUCCUUCCACCGUCUACUUGUUUAAAGUUCAAGCUCUCAGUCCAGAAGGAAACCCAGGCAUCUACAGCUUGGAACAGGAGUUUUCAACACUCCCGCAAGAUCCUCAAAAAACAGGAAACACAGCAGUGAUCCUCGGGGCUGCGAUCGGAGGAGGCAUCAUGCUUUUCAUCGUGGUAGUGGUCCUGCUUCUGCGAAAACGGCGAAGAAAUUCUCACACCAGACAAGGACCAGAGGACACCUAUUUCUCCAGCCCAGACCAGUUGAAGCCGUUGAAGACCUAUGUUGAUCCUCACACGUAUGAAGACCCCAACACGGCAGUGCUCAAGUUUGCCAGCGAGAUCCAUCCUAGUCACGUCACAAAGCAGAAAGUCAUCGGAGCAGGUGAGUUUGGAGAGGUGUAUCGAGGAAUUCUGAAAGCUCCCGGGCGGAAGGAAACAGCGGUAGCAAUAAAGACGCUGAAGCCAGGAUACACAGAGAAACAGAGGCAGGACUUCCUCGGUGAGGCCAGCAUCAUGGGACAGUUCUCACAUCAGAACAUCAUCCGACUGGAGGGGGUGGUCACCAAAUUCAAGCAUGCCAUGAUUGUGACUGAGUACAUGGAAAACGGAGCUCUUGACAAAUACCUGAAGGACCAUGAUGGCGAGAUGUCAUCCUUCCAGUUGGUUGGUAUGCUUCGUGGCAUUGCGGCCGGAAUGAAAUAUCUCUCAGACAUGAGCUAUGUACACAGGGAUCUGGCUGCCAGAAACAUCUUGGUCAACAGCAACCUGGAGUGCAAGGUGUCUGACUUUGGUUUGUCACGUGUCUUGGAGGACGAGCCUGAAGGAACCUACACCACCAGCGGAGGUAAAAUUCCUAUUCGUUGGACUGCACCGGAGGCCAUAGCUUACAGGAAAUUCACGUCAGCAAGUGAUGUGUGGAGUUUUGGCAUUGUCAUGUGGGAGGUCAUGGCCUUUGGAGAGAGGCCCUAUUGGGACAUGAGUAACCAUGAGGUAAUGAAGGCCAUUAAUGAGGCUUUCCGCCUUCCUGCUCCAAUGGACUGCCCCUCUGCUGUCUAUCAGCUGAUGUUACAGUGCUGGCUGCAAGAUCGCUCCAAACGGCCCCGCUUUGGCGACAUUGUCAGUAUACUAGACAAACUCCUCAAGAGUCCAGAUUCUCUGAAGGCCAUUGCAGAUUUUGACCCUCGAGUUUCCAUUCGGCUUCCCAGCACCAGCGGCUCAGAUGGCUCUCCCUUCAGGUCUGUGGCCGAGUGGCUGGAGUCCAUCAAGAUGAGCCAGUACAGUGAAAACUUCAGCAUAGCCGGAAUCAUCAGCAUGGAGCAGGUGCUGCAGAUGAAGAGCGAGGAUAUUCGUAACAUCGGCGUCCGUCUGCCGGGCCAUCUGAAGAGGAUUGCCUACAGCAUCUUGGGGCUUAAGGACCAGACGAGCACCCUGAGUGUGUUUGCAGUGUGAAUUGUCUUUAAAAUGCACUGAAGGGACCGACCCUUUGGCCGUGGACUGAAUAAACUCUCAGCUGCCUCGGGAUUGGACUGCAGGGACAGCCCUUGACCUGGCCAUAACCCUCCAGUCUAGCAAGAAGGACUCUCACCGCUGUGGAGACCAGUAGCAUUUGGUGACUUAUCAAAAAUGGAGGAAGUGUAAAACAAUCAAAAAGCUAUUGAUGUAUGCAUCAAACCAUGUUUAUUACAUAUAUUUUUACCUUAAGCAUACGUUUAUUUUUUAGAGAAGGUAUAGUCAUUUCUUUAGUUUAGUUUUUACAUUUUUUGUUUAGUUUCAUAUGCAUGCUUAAUUUUCGCCGGAGAGCGAUCAAUGCUAGUUAGCACUCACUUUAUGCUCAGAUCUUAUGUUGCUCCUCCAAUGCUGUUGGCACCGUAUUGCUCUGUACUUGACUGAACGUUCCAGCAAUACGAGAGAACACCAAACCCACAGGUCUUUCUGUACUGGAAACGUGGACUCAAAGCCGGCGGUUAUGGGUUUAACGUAAGACUUAAAGAUGUUCUGCUGAGAUCAAGGUGAUUGUAAUGCUCUCUGGUUUCUAUCAUGCUUGAGUUGGUCACGAUUUGAUGUCUCGCACGAUGACAUUUCUUUACAAUUGCACUCUUAGCGCUGUAUGCUUUGGACCAUCAAGUUGAAAGUCUCUGGUUUAUAUGAAACAGAGCGGCGAGGCGUUCCUUAAAUCCUGUGUUUUCUCUGCAAACAAGAAGAGAGGAGGCACCCCCAUGAAAUAGCACUUAAAUCAGAAAUCUCAACAGCUGUCUCAUCCCUUAUCGUUAUGAAAGGUUAAGGCACUGAUGACAUUAAGGUUCGAAGGGAACAAAGAGCGAACGAAAUGACAAAAUGGAAAUGGGUUAAGAAGAAAAAAACUGUUCUGGAACUGAUUGUCGGACUAAAUCAAAUGGGAAAAUGCGAUCCAGUGGAUGAUAUUCCAAAGUCUGUUAUUCAUUCUGUAUCAGCAGAUUAAAGUUGCCUGGAGCUGUGAAUUUGCAGAUCUGGUUUAUGAUUAACUGAUCCAAGACAUGCUGGGAUGAAAUGCUGCGACUUUUGUGAUUAUUUCAUCUGACUUAUAGGAACUCAAUAUGAUUUCAUACGGCGGGUAGAUAAGCCUCUUGUAUAAAAAAAGUCUUUCUCCAUGUUAAAUUUUAUUUAAUUUUUUUUUACAGAGGAGAGAAACAGCUACAUAAUGACCUUAAGUCUUAAUGGUUAUCGCAGUUCCUUGUUAAUUACACUUUAUUCUGAUUAUUUCUAGAUGUUAAAUGCAGAUGGGUUCUUCCUUGCUUAGAAAUGACAUAUUUAGUUUUUGUUUGCAGUUGAUAUUGUGUUUCAUAUCUUUCGUUAAUUGGGACGUUGACACUGGCAAACUGCAGGACUUUUUUGGAAAGGGAAAUUUGUCAUUUUUGAUCACCUAUCUUGGUUCUGACCCUUUUCUAAACAUUGGAAUUAGAAAAGAUCAGUACAAACAUACAUAUUUCCAAACAAAAUACAGUUUGAUUUGGCCAAUUGUUUUGUAUUUUAUUUAAUAGUCUAUUUAUUUUUUACUUUAUUUAUUGUUUUAAUGACACUGAAUUGGGAUUUAUUUGUAAUGGAAGUUUGUCUUUCAGUCACAAUAAAAUCUUUGUAUCUUCAA